GGCUUUGCAUCUAACAGCCCUGGCUUGAACUCUGGUCCUAUUUGCCUUCCUGCUCUAGGGAGACGAGACCAGCUCCCUGGAGAACUAGACAAGUGGGAUCAAACUUUGGGGAUGGGGCAGAGUGGCAGGGAAGGCUUUCUGGAGGUGGUACUGCUCCAGGUGAGUGAGAUUUAUAAGAGGCAGAAAAGAGAAGAAGAUUCUCCUUCAAAAGCAUCCAUCCCAUUCCAUCCACUUUUCCAGGAGUGUUCUAGAAGCUGGUAGUGAAGGGGUUAACGGUGCCGGCUGCCAUACCUUUUCCAAUGCAUUCAGGACGUGGGAAACCAAGGUGAUGGGAUUUGCCAAGUUGCGGUGAAAGAAUAAAGGAGGAGGCCUUCAAAGUGCAGAACAAGGGAACUGCCAAAGUCUGGAGUGAAGCAGAAGAGGGAAAUUCAGAAAAACUUCCCAGAACUUUCUACAGAGACAAAACUAUCUGUGCAGUCCAACACUGUAGCCACUCACCCCAUGUGGAGAUUGAGCACUUAAAAAAUGGCCAGUGUGACUGAGAGCCUGAACGUGGUGUGAGAAAAAGCACUGGAUGAGCAGUCAGGAAGUCCCUCCAUUUACUCACUUGGGGUCACUGAAGCUCCGGAUGGGAAGUGAGCUGGGCAGUGCAGAGCUGGACCUACUCGACAUCCGAAUGAGACCCGGCACAGAGGGCAGGGGUGAGCACUUCCUUCCCUGAGGAGAUUAAGUGGAAACAGAUGGGAGAGGAAUGCGGCCAGGAGGAUGUGGCUGGGCAUCUGUGGCAAUAUCCUCCAGGCCCUGGGGACUGGAAUCCCCCACCUCAUGCCAAGGAGGAAAUAGACGUCGUCAGGAGAACCCAGGGAAGAAAGGCCGGGUCGUCCCUGCCCCUGCGACACAGUUCCCAACCCAGCCAUGGAAUCACCACGCUUCCAACUCUUCCCCAGAGCCCCCUCCCCUCCCUGGAAUUCACAGUGACCGUCAGUCUGGGAAGUGACAGAAGCACAGUGAGCGGAGGAGCCUUCACAAGCCGGCAGCCCCCACUGCACACGCCCUUGCCUUCUCCUGCCCUUCCCCAGCCAGGCGGGCACCACGGCAGGGGCUGAGCGACCCCCAUGGAAGGGAGAGGACCAUACCGGAUCUACGACCCUGGGGGCAGUCCGCCUCCCGCAGAGGCUUCAGCAGCUUUUGAGCGCCUAGUGGAGGAGAAUUCCCGGCUGAAGGAAAAAAUGCAAGGGAUAAAGAUGUUAGGGGAGCUUUUGGAGGAGUCCCAGAUGGAAGCAUCCAGGCUGCGGCAGAAGGCAGAGGAGCUGGUGAAGGACAGUGAGCCGCUCCAGCCACCAUCUCCCUCCUUGGCCUCCUUUGACCAGCUGCCGGAGCUCACAGGAAAGGACGCAAAUAUCCCAGCACCUCCUGCUGACCCUGCACGCCCCAGCAACAAGCCAGAGUCAGUCCAAAAACCUCCAUCCAGUGGCUCCUCCUCUGAGUUUGAAGUAGUCCCCACUGAGGAGCAGAUUUCUCUACCUGGGAGUAGCGGCACAACCAAGAACACAAUGGAGCUGGGCCCCCUGCCCCACGAGGACAGCAACCUGAUGCUGCACCUGCAACGGCUGGAGACCACGCUGAGCGUGUGUGCCGAGGAGCCGGACCACAGCCAGCUUUUCACCCACCUGGGCCGCAUGGCCCUGGAGUUCAACCGGCUGGCCUCCAAAGUACACAAGAAUGAGCAGCGCACCUCCAUCCUGCAGACCCUGUGUGAGCAGCUUCGGAAGGAAAAUGAGGCCCUGAAGGCCAAGCUGGACAAGGGCCUGGAACAGAGAGAUCAGGCUGCUGAGAUGCUGCGGGAGGAGAAUAUGGAGCUCAAGAAGUUGUUGAUGAGCAGCGGCAACAAAGAGGGUGCUUCUGGGCAGCCUGGCUCCGCAAAGCUGGAAGGCACGGGCAAGAAAGGGGUGGCCGUACAGCAGCAGGCUAGUAUGGCAGCAGGCAAGAUCCCAGAAGUGGGGGCCUUGGGUACAGUUGAGAAGAAGGUGAAGAUGCUGGAGCAGCAGCGCACCGAGCUACUCGAAGUGAACAAGCAGUGGGACCAGCAUUUCCGGUCCAUGAAGCAGCAGUAUGAGCAGAAGAUCACUGAGCUGCGCCAGAAGCUGGUGGACCUGCAGAAGCAGGUCACUGACCUGGAGGCUGAGCGGGAGCAGAAGCAGCGUGACUUUGACCGCAAGCUCCUCCUGGCCAAGUCCAAGAUUGAAAUGGAGGAGGCCAACAAGGAGCACCUGACAACAGAGGCCAAGGAGUUACGCCAGAAGGUCAAGUACCUGCAGGAUCAGCUGAGCCCACUCACCCGGCAGCGGGAGUACCAGGAAAAGGAGAUCCAGCGGCUCAAUAAGGCCCUGGAGGAAGCACUGAGCAUCCAGGCCUCCCCCUCAUCUCCACCGACAGCAUUGGGGAACCCAGAAGGAACUGGGGGCCUCCUAAGGAAACAGGAGCUGGUCACACAGAACGAAUUGCUGAAGCAGCAGGUGAAAAUCUUUGAGGAGGACUUCCAGAGAGAGCGCAGCGAUCGGGAGCGCAUGAACGAGGAGAAGGAGGAGUUGAAGAAGCAGGUGGAGAGACUGCAGGCCCAGGUCACUCUGUCGAAUGCCCAGCUAAAAGCAUUCAAAGACGAGGAGAAGGCCCUCAAGCAGCAGAAGAGGAAAGCAAAGGCCUCAGGAGAGCGCUACCACAUGGAACCCCACCCGGAGCACCUCUGCGGGGCCUACCCCUACGUCUACCCACCCGUGGCAGCCAUGGUGCCGCAUCACGGCUUCGAGGACUGGUCCCAGAUCCGCUACCCUCCACCCCCCAUGGCCAUGGAGCACCCGCCCCCACUCCCCAGCUCGCGACUCUUCCAUCUGCCUGAAUACACCUGGCGCCCACCUUGUUCAGGGAUGCGGAACCAGAGCUCCCAGGUGAUGGACAUGGCGACGGCCAGGCCUGCGGAUCCGGAAUCUACAAAAAAUGACCGCGAGGGCCCUCAGUGAGAACAGAUUAUGUCACUCGGCUUCGCCUUCAUCUUGCAGAGCCAGCUGACCUCAGAUUUCUGAAAAACUAGGGGUCAUGUGCUCUUUGUGAGCAUAGCCUCAGCUGGACUAGAAGCUGAGGCACCGUCCAGCUCAUGCUCCAGCUCCAACCUGAACUGUUUACAGACUCGGAGGGUUCCACCCAGAAGGCUCCAUUUGGGCUCCUCCCUUUGGAGUGAAGGGAAAACUCACUACCAACCACCAUAUGGACAGAAGUCUCGUCUCAUCUGGCUUUGACCCUCCUUUGCUGAAGCCGUGGGGUGAAGUCAGUCUCAAGAGUUGGGUACAACGGAGAAGACCCCUUCCUUUCAAAACCUCCCCAGAGUGGCUCUGCCCUCUCUGGGUGCUACUUCUUAUUUGUAUGUGUGUUUAGUUUUUGCUUCAGCCUCUGUAGCAGGACCUUGCCCCACACCCAUCCCUUCCUCUCUCUGAGGAGUUUUGGGAGGAGCAGGUUUGCCUUCCAGGAGCAGGAGAGCAACAGGAUGUUCUACACUGGGGUCCCUCUCCACCUCCUGCCCCAGCAGCUGUGCCAGCACUGUCCACAGCCUGGGACGGUGGCCGCAUCAGCCACACCCAGUGAGGGGCCCCAGCCUGAAGCUGCCCGGCCAUGAAGUUCAGGCCCUGGGUCCCACAGCUGGAGGCUCAUGGUGCCUGGAGGCCCAGAUUGAGUUGUCUGUCCAUCCCUGGGCAGCUGUUUGCAUGAUUUUUGAACAUAAAUCUAAGUUGAAGAUUAA